AUGUCUAAAAUACAGCUGUUAAGAGUGUUUCUCAAUGAGCGAUUAAGUGCUGCUGCUGAGGAGAUAUUAGGGGCAGUUGAAAAAACGAUAGCAGAAGAAGUUUCCCGUUCAAAUGAGGAAAAUGACCGUCUACAGAGGCUGCUUGAAAUAGCUCUCAUAAAGCUAAACAGAUCAGGUUUGUAAUUACGUCUGUCUAUUAAACCGUUAUUGUAUGGAAGUGGAUAGAAAAUAUCACAUCAGCUUUUACAGGUACAUAGUUAUGUCGUUGAUAUCUGAAUUGGCAUAGAGCUCGCCCGUUUGUAGUCCUAAAAACCGGAAAUGAGUUAUCUCUGGUUCGUUCAGCCGUUCCUACGGAGGGACAUGAAUGGGGAAAGAAUGCAGGAACGGUAGGGUCUGAUGCUUCUGAAAUAAUGGGGUUUUGGGAUAAACGCCGAAAAUAAGGUCCGAGGUUAACACAUGCGUAGGAGAUCUUAUACAGUGCGUUUUGUUCUAUGAGAUGAUAUCAGUCAGUUAACAUAACCUUUAUGAAUUAAGAAGCCUUUAUGUGCUUCUUUUGAUUACAAACAUGCUUCACAAUUCACAAAAACUGAUUUUAGCUGAUGAAGAUGAUCUCAUAGAACAAAACGUAUAAGAUCUGAGCCUGUGUUUAUGACAGACCUCAUUUUCUGUGUUUAUCCAAAAUCCCUACCAAAAAAAAACCAUUCAUUUCCCCCAUAGGCUUUGGCCAGCAAGCCAUUACUAUUGCUCUCUAUUGUAGGCUUACAGGUUUUCUAUAUCGCAUCCUUCCUUUCUACUUGCCUCUAGACAUCCUCCAACAGUCAGUCUCGGAACAGGUUCCCCCUGGGCAGCAGCACUGUGUGCAGGAAUGGAGCCCCAGUCUCGGACAGGAGGACCCAGAGCCUACGCAGAUAAAGGAGGAACAGGAGGAACUCAGGACCAGUCAGUGGGAAGAGCAGCUUCAAGAGCUGGAAGAUGAUACCAAAGAUGCCAUAUUCACUUCUGCCUUUAUGGAAACUGACUGUGAGGACCCAACUCUGCACUCAUAUCUUUAUCAAGCCCAGAAUGAGGGAAAAGAAGAGAGAGACUCUCUACCCAGCACCUCAACUGCACAUAUCAAAACAGAAACUGAUGGAGAGGACUACAGAGUAUCAGAACCAACCAGUGAUUCUCAGCCCAUCUAUGCAGGAAAUCCAUACUGUUUUGCAGCUCAGAGUGAAAACGUUGAUGGGAUAGGAGUCGGAGGGCCUCCGUCAGGUUUUAAACCAGUCAAAUCAAAGACAAGAUGGACAGUAAAAAGACAAAGCUCCCACAUUAAUACUAAGGGUAGAAAAUCCACAGAGUCAUCCAAUCUGAAAUCACCCAGGCAAAGGGAUAAUGCUCCUUGCCGUUGUAAAGUGUGUGGAAAGUCUUUCCAGUACAUGGGUUCAUUAAUGAAACAUGUGCAAACUCAUACAAAUGAGAAAGAACAUAUUUGUGGUGUGUGUGGAAAAUGUUUUGAGUCCACAGAAAGUAUGAAACAUCACAUCCAAACUCACAUUGCAGAUAGGAUGUGUUGUCAUGUUUGUAGUAAAUGCUUCACUAGCAAUAGGGAUCUGAUUGUGCACAUGAGAACCCACACAGGGGAUAAACCGUAUCAAUGUUCUGAUUGUGGCAAAGAAUUCAGCGUUCGCAAUAGUCUGAAAAGGCACAUGAAGAUUCAUGCAGGAGGUAAAGGAUAUAGCUGCAGUCAUUGUGACAAGUGUUUCAGCACUAGCUUCCGUCUGACAUUUCACAUGAUGAGGAGUCACAGGGGCGAAACCAUACAGGUGUCCUGUAUGUAG